GAGAAUCAAACCCGAGGUUUUACAUAACAGACACCCUUUGCCCUCCAUCCUCAGGCCCUCCUUCCUUCCAAGUUACAGAGAAAAGCAAACAACAAAGAAAAUGGAGAGCAAGAGGGUGGGCAUAGUUGGUGCCGGUGUGAGCGGCCUAGCAGCCUGCAAGCACGCACUAGACAAGGGGUUUAGCCCAGUUGUGUUUGAGGCGGAUGACACUGUCGGUGGGGUGUGGGCGCAUACCUUGCAGUCGACAAGGCUUCAGGCACCAACAUCGUCAUUCCGGUUCUCAGACUUGGCAUGGCCAGCAUCUGUGACGGCAACAUACCCGAGCCAUCAUGAAGUCAUGGAGUACCUCAGGUCAUACGCAUGCCAAUUUGAUCUCCUCAAGUGUAUCAAGUUCAAUAGCCAGGUGCUCGGAAUUGAUUACCUUGGUGCAACCGAGGAAGAGAUUAUGGGGUGGGAGCACUGGUCUGGCAAUGGAAAGGCAUUAGGAGCUGGGAAGGAUGGAGGGUGGCGCCUCACAGUGAAGGACUUGAAAAUUGGUAACGUUGAGGUUUUUGAAGUGGAUUUUCUCAUCCUGUGCAUUGGAAGGCAUAGUGGGACUCCAAAUAUCCCAGAAUUUCCAGAAAACAAAGGGUUUGAGUUGUUCAAGGGAAAAAUAUUGCACUCAGUAGACUACUCUUACAUGGAUGAUGUGGCUCCAUUUGUUAAAGGGAAGAGUGUAACGAUAAUCGGGUCUGGAAAAUCAGCAUUUGACAUUGCUGCAGAGGUUGCCAAGGUGAAUGGCACAGCACAGCCAUGCACCAUGAUAUACAGAACGAAGCACUGGCUGGUUCACAAAUCCAGCAUAUGGGGAAUUAACCUUAGUUACUUCUAUCUUAACCGCAUCUCUCAACUACUAGUUCAUAAGCCUGGUGAAGGAUUUCUGCACUAUAUUUUGGCCAGCGCACUCGCUCCCUUGAGAUGGGCAAUUACAAAAGUAAUUGAAACAUACUUCAAGCAGAGCAUUCCCUUACAAAAACAUGGGAUGGUACCUGACUACAGCUUCUCCUUCGCUAUGUCUUCCUGCUUGAUUGCAAUGCUGCCAGAAGGGUUUUAUGACAGGGUUGAUGAGGGCAGCAUCGUUCUCAAAAAAUCCAAGAGGUUCAGCUUCUACAGUGAUGGGAUCAUCCUGGAGGACAGAAAUGAAUGCAUAAAGAGUGAUAUUAUAAUACUAGCAACGGGAUUCAGAGGAGACCAGAAACUUAGGGACAUCUUCAUGGAAAACUGGUGUAGGAAGAUAGUAGUAGGAUCAUCAGAUACACCAGUUCCUCUAUACAGAGAAUGCAUACAUCCCCGAAUUCCACAGUUGGCGAUAGUUGGAUACUCCGAGAGCCUUACCAACAUAUAUGCCUCAGAGAGGAUGGCCCAUUGGGUAAUCCAUUUCCUGGCUGGUGGCUUCCAAUUGCCAAGCAUAAGAUGCAUGGAAGAGAGUGUAGCAGAGUGGGGAAAGUACAAGGAUAUUUAUAAUGGGAAGUAUUUCCGCAGAUCUUGUAUAAGCACCGUCAACAUUUGGUUUAAUGAUUUGUUAUGCAAAGACAUCGGAUGCACCCCUAGAAGAAAGAAAGGAUUCUUGGCUGAAUGGUUCCAACCAUAUGGACCUGCUGAUUAUGCAGGUCUUUGCUGAAGACAUGGGUACCUUUCUCACUAGCAUAUUCAUAGCAAAAGAAGAAGAGACAAGAGUUGCUACCUUCAGGGCUCUAGAAGUCUGUCUUGGUCUUCUAGGGUGAUUACGGAUGCCUUGUUGCAUCCUCUAGUUUUCUUGUUUUGCAUUUUGAGUCUGCCAGAUUCUUGUGAAGUAUAAUUUUGUUUCCUUUCAAUAUAUAUUCUCUGGUAGGGUUCACCCA